CAACAAACGCUACAAAAACUCAAUUCAAAAGCUUCGAUCGCAAUGCUCUCGCAGUCGUUCCCGUCUUCCUCCUCCGCAUUCUUCAGAGUUGGUCUGCGCAAUCGACGGCGACGGCUGAGCAAAGCGGGAGAUGGGCGAUGCGAAAUCUGGAGCGGCGGAUGCGCCGGCGGCGGGCGAGCCGAAGGGCGGCGGGUCGGACGCCGCCAGGAUCUCGGAGGUGAAGGCGUGGCUGGCCUCCCAGUUUGAGGCCGCCGGCAAGGAGGUCCCCGACUUCGAGUACAAUUCCCGGAGCGUCGCGCAUCUGUACAACCUCGCCGCCGCCUCCCAGGCCAAGACGCAGGCCGCCAGCAUCGUCGCCUCCGAUUUCCGCCAGAAAGCCGCCGAGUACCGCUCGCAAGCUGCUAGGAUUAGAGAGAUACUGGAAAGUGCAGGGUUGGCACAAGAGAGUUUGGCUUCAAACAUUGUGGCCUCUGCUCAAGCACUGGCCAAUGUCGCCAAUUUGUUGAAUAUUAGGGAUACUGAACUGAGUAGCUUUCUUGUAGCGAUGGGGGACAUUUCUUUGCGAAAGUCUAGUGUGGAGGAGAAGAGGGCUAAAGUGGAGAAGGAUUCGAAGGUUCUCCUUGAUUACACCAGGAAGGCAAUAGCAAGACUAACCUAUUUGAAAAGGACACUUGCACAGCUUGAAGACGAUGUAGCUCCCUGUGAGGCUCAGGUGGAAAAUUGGAAAACUAAUUUGGCUGUGAUGGCUUCAAAGGAGCGACAAUACACGCAGCAGUAUGCCAACUACAAGACGGCACUAAAUCGGGUAGGAUACACUCCAGAGAUCAGCCAUAGUGUACUGGUGGAGAUGGCUGAACACCGAAAGGAACUAGAGAAGAAAACAAAGCCCAUUCUUGAUACUUUGAGAAGUUACCAAGACUUGCCUCCGGACAAGGCUUUAGCUGCUUUAGCAAUUGAGGACAAGAAAAGGCAGUAUGCUGCAGCUGAGAAAUAUCUUGAAGACGUGUUGCAUUCAGCUCUUUCAACAUCUGAAUGACAACGAAUAUUGAUCUGAUGUAAGCAUUGCCUCGUACAUUUUGUUUCUCGGGGGGUGGGGUGUUAAACGGAAAAAAGAGGUUUGGUUUUUCGUCGUUUGAAACUCAUGAACGAUUGAGCUGUCCUUCGGGGGUAGCUCUCAGUGGAUGAGAUAGAUUUGUGUCUAUAUGGGUGAUGAAUUUCUUAACCAAGUUAGCGGAAGAAUUUAAACGAUGAAGAUGUUGAAUGAUUCACCUGGAAUAUUGAUGAUACCCCUGAGUUCAGAUGAUUCGAAUCUCAGAUUAAAUGACUAGUUUUAUCCAACAAUUUCUGCUCAAGCAAUCAAUCACAUUGUGUGUACAAGGAUACAUAUCGAAGGUGGCAAGCUUAUUUAUUCAGUAAAUUUGUAGUGUUCAAACCUUAUUCUACAAUCUUGAAGUGGGAACUUCACCCCAAUCCUAUCAAAGCAUUCGGUGGUUGUUUUAUCAGUGGCAGAGGUCAGACACGAAGUGCAAUCUGCAUGCGAGAGACCUCCAUUGCACGCUGCAUGGCCAUAGCAGGUCGGACCAUCACCUGGAUAUGCAUCGUAGUAAAUGUAACCUUGGUCCUCUGUCCUCUCCACCAAAUCAUUGAGGACCCAGUUUCGAUUACUUCCAAACUUACCUCCAUUGCAGAUUUUGUCUACCAACUUUCUGUUCGGACCACCCCGAUGACGGGAAAGAUGCUUAGCAGAAAUGCAGAUCUUUGAAGAGCACACAAUGGUUGUUCUCUCAUCCUCAUUUUCUUUUCCCUCUUCAAUGCCUUUUUGUUACUGUUCGAAUAAUGAAUUCAUUUGACUUUAUAAAGGCUUCAGUCUCUUAG